AUGCGACAAAACCAAGAUUUGAAAAGAAGACUCGAAGUAGAAUCAAUUAAUUAUAAAAAACGUUUGGAAUCAUACAAACAAGCACAACAACAUCAGGCGGCUUUGGUGAGUCGUCUUCAAGCCAAAAUAUUACAGUACAAACAAAGAUGCGCAGAUUUAGAAGAUCAAGUCGAUGCAAAAGGUGUGGUCAAGGAUUCAUCAAAUCAUUUAGUAUCAUCAAUACAUUCCUUACCACCUCCUGCUCCGGAAUUAAAUGAUUCUAAUUUAGAUCUCAACACUGCCAUACGAUAUCUAGAAGAAGAGAGAAGGAAAAACGAAAAAUUACGACAAAUGUACAUAAAUGCGAAAGAACAAUUAGAGGAAGCACAACAGAAUAACGAAAGCCUAACAAACGAUUUACAAAAAAUAACAAACGAAUGGGAAUCACUAAGAGAAGAAUUGCUACUCAAAGAAGAUGAAUGGAGAGACGAAGAACAUGCAUUUAACGAAUAUUAUACUGCUGAACACAGUAGAAUGCUCAUGUUGUGGAGAAAUGUUGUUUGCGUUAAAAGAACAUUUGCAGAAGUUCAAAUGAACACAGAACGAGAUUUAAAUAAACUUAAACAAGAAUAUGCAAACAUGUUAAGAGAUUUUUCUAGAACUUGUCAGGAUUUGAAAACCAUGGAAGCACAAUCAGCUCUCAGCGAGGAACAAUUUAUUUUCAAAAAAGAACAAGAAAUAAAAGAUUUAAAAAAAGAAAUUGACAUGCUCAAAAAUAAUAUUGAUGGUAUUGAGGUAGCAUCACGAGAGAAAGACGAACGGAUACAAAAUUUACUUCGGGAAAUUCACAAUUUGGAAAAUAAAUGCGCCGAAGCGAAUCAAAAUGAAGCUCAAAUGUUACGAAUGGAAGAAGAAAUAGAACAUUUACAAAAUGCACUUCGAGAUAUCGCUCAUGCCGUAAUACAAGAUGCCGAAUCGAAAACUUCCGAAUCUAUUCAACCGGCUCCACAUUUACAUUUGACUCCUCCAACAACUGUUCCUCCCAGAUCACCAAAAAGGGGAAUUCCCAGGACUUCAUCUUCUCCUGCAUUUGCCGAGAGCACAAUAUCAGCCGUACAAGCAGCUUUACAUAAAUACCAACUUCAAAUUCACGAAUGUCAGGUGAAACUCGCAACGAAUCAAGAAUUACAUUCAAAUUUAAAAAAACAAUUUGAUGUGAUCAGCGAAGCGCAACAGAGUCUGACUUCUCAGGUAUUAUCAUUAACAUCUCAAUUGGAUGCUGCAAAAGCGGAAAUUAAUCAACUUUCACAAGAAAAAGAUUUCCUCUCUAAAUCAUUAGAGAGCAUGAGAGUUGAAAAAAAUCAAUUGGAAAAAAAUAGAACCGAACUGUCUUCCAUGUUCGAUGCUCUUAAUAACGAUUUUGAAAAAUUACAAAAAUCUCAUACAAAACUUCAAAAAAUCCACGAUUGUCUUGAAGAAGAAAAAUUAUUUUUACAAGUCGAAGUAGAUAGACUAAUGAAAGAUAGAGAAAUUCGAGAAUCUCAUUUAAGAGCAGAAGAAGAUCGUUUAAGUAGAAUGAAAGAAGAAUUGUUAAGCGUUAAAGAAGAAAUGAAUAAAAUAUGUUUGGAAAAAGAAAUGUUAUUGAGUCAAAAGAUGGAAUCUCAAUCAUUAUUGGCUCAAUUGGAAAAAGAAAAAAAUAAUAUUGAACAAGAAUUGGAAAAAACUUUGUUGGAAAAAUCCGACAUACAAGAAUCCCUGGAUAAAUAUGAAAAUUUAGGAUGUAAUUUAGAACAGGAAAAAAAUAGAUUACAAGAUCAAAUAAGAAAGCUCGAAGAAGAAAAGAGAAAUUUAAAAAGUCAAAUGGCGGAUCAACAAAGUGACAUAAUGUCAUUGAGAAAAGAAUUAUUACAAGCUGAACAAAUCAGAUUAGAAUUAGAAUCUGAUAGAGUUUCUCAAAAGGAAAAAAUUAAAUAUUUAGAAAUAGAAAAAGAAAAGAUAGAAAUACAAUUAGAAAGUAUAACGAGAGAAAAUGCGGAAAUUAAAAAUGAUUUAUCAUCAUUAUCAAGAAAGAGAGAAUUGUUAAAUGAAGAAACUAUGAGACUAAGACAAAGGUUAGAACAAGUAACGGAAACAAAUUCUAGAAUAAAUAGAAAUUUAGAAGAACUCAUGAAGGAAAAUGAAGAAAAACAGAUUUUAUUGGAAUCAAACGAAAAAGAAAUUCAAAGAAUUCAAGAACAAAUAGCAUCCAUAAGAAGCGAAAAAGAAGCUUUGGAAGCUGUUCUUUUUGACACUCAAACAAAUCUCGAAGCAUCGGAAAUAAAAAAAUUACAAUUGGAAAAAGAUAAUCAAGAACUCCUUGUCAAACAAGAAGUUUUAAAAGGACAAUUGGCAAGAGUUGCUAAAGAUAUUGAAGCGUUGGAAGAAAGAGCUGGAGAAACAAAAGCAUCCCUAAUGCAACAAAUGUCCGUACAAGAAGCCGAUUACAAACAAAUAAUAUCAAAUUUGAAAAAACACAUGGACGAAACCAUCAGGAAACUAACCGAAGAAAAAGAACAAAUGAAAAUGAUGUUGGAAAAAAAAAUGACGUCAGCAAUUCAACAAUUAACUGGAGAAAAAAAUAAUGAAAUUCAACAACUUCAAGAUAAGCUAAACACUUUACAGCAUCACAUAGACAAUUUAUGUCAGCAACACGAAGAAAUUCUUUUGAGAGCGGAAAAUGAAAAACAACAAGCGCUCAUGCUAGCACAUCAAGAUCAACAAGCAUUAACGGAUAAAUUAGAUAGUUGUCAAAAAAAAUUAGACGAAGAAAGAAUUAUUUUGGAAAAGAUAAAAAGAGAUUCGGAUGUAAAAACAGAACAAGAUAGAUCAGCGAUUAAUAAUUUAAGAGAAGAAUUGGGAAAAUUUAAAACGAAAUUGGAAGAAACAAAGCUAAAUGCAACGGAAGAAAAACAAAGACUGGAAAAAAAAAUUGAAGAAACAAAAGCGGAAAGAGAUGCUUGUAAUGGAGAAAUCGAAGAGUUAAGAAUGCAAAUUCAUAUAUUAGAAGAUAAAAAUGAUUUUUUACAAAAUCAACUUUUGGAAACUCAAAGAAAAUUAAAAGAAAAUGAAAAUAAUUUGGAAAAUGCUAAAAAAGAAUUAACGGAUGUUCGUCGUCAAUUGGCCGACUGUAACAUUGAAAAAGAAAAAUACCAAUCAUCGAAUCGUGAUCUUCGAGAACAUGUUAAAAGAACCGAAGGAGAAAAAAGAGAAAUGGCGAGAUCGAUCGAUGAAGCCAUACAAAGAAUUUCAUUUUUGGAAGAAGCGAAAUCUGGUUUGGAAGCAGAAAAACUUCGUUUGCAAACAUUGAUAAGAGAUCAAGAGAAAAAUCUUCUUCAAACCUCACAACGUCUCAACAGAGUACAAGAAGAUCUUGAAAGACUUCAAAAUGCUUCGUCUACUCUUAAAAGCGAAGAUAAAGAAAGACAAGCCCGAUUGACGAAUGAAAUUGAAGAAAGAGAAAAAGCACAACAGGAAUUACAUCACCUUAAAAAACAGAUAGCGGAAUUGGAUUCGAGCCUGGAAAUAGCACGACAGGAAAUGUUGAGAUUACGUUCUCGUUCUGAUGAAGAGGAAAAUAGAUGGAGACACAGAGAACAAGAACUUAUUGCUAGAUUGGAAGAUACAAGAGGAAAAGAGCGGAAAUUGGAAGAUCAAAAACAUAAUUUGGAAGUUUGUUUGGCGGAUGCAACUCAACAGAUUCAAGAACUUAAGGCACGAUUAGGAGGAACGGAGGGAAGAGUCAAAGCACUCGAACAACAAUUACAACAAUUGGAAAUAGCUAAAAAAGAAGCAGAUCAAAAAUUAAGUUCCGUUGGUGCAACUUUAAGAAGAAUCGCUGGAAUACAAUUUGAUGGUUCGAUAAGCGUACCAUUUAAAAUUUUAAGUCCUUCUCGUCGAUGGAGUCCAGCAAGAUCUUACGAACAUUUACAUCACGGUCACGGUCACGGUCACUGUCACGGUGAUGGAAGAGAUGUUGCACUUGAUGUUGAUCCAGAAAUGAUAAGAAAAGGUGUGAGAGCAUUAAUGCAACAAGUUGCACAAAUAGAAAGAGAAAGAGACGAUUUAAAAGCUUCAUUGGGACAAAUGAAAAAACAAUUAAACGAAGCAUCAGAUUUACAAGCGAAAAGUGAUGAAAAAUUAAGUCACGCCCUACAAAAUCUGAGAGCUCUCCAGGAUGAAAAAAAUAAUCUCGAAACAAAACUCGGACAAAAACAAGCAGCUUUACAAGCCGAGACUGAAGCUUUACAUCAAAAAACUCACGAAUUACAAGAAAUGAGAGAAAAAAUGGUUGCCAUGGAAUUGGCAAUGCAAAAUUGUACGGAAGAAAAAUUACAAUACGAAGAAAAAAUAGAAAAAUUAAAAUCUUGCAUUUCUCGACUGGAAGGAGAAAAAAGAAGUUUGCAAGAAGAACUCAGUCGUACUGAAUCCAGAGCAACUAAACUGGAAUUACAUCGUAUGUCACUGGAAGGAGAUUUGCAAAGAGUUCAACUCAUGUUACAGGACAAAGAAGCUCAAGUUCAAAAAUUACAAGAAAAAUGUGAAAAACAAAGUAGAAAUUUAACAAGUCUAGAAUCUCGAUGUGCCUCACUUAAAACGACCAUGGAUAAUUUAAAUUCGGCAUUGGAAAAAGCAUCGGAAAAUGAAUUAGAAUUACAAAAGGAAAUAAGUGCUUUGCAAAAAUCACUCGCCGAAGCAAACGCAAACACAAAUUCGGCAAAUGAAAAAUUAAAAUAUUUACAAAAAACCCAAACAAACAUUGAAAACGAAAGAAGGUUGCUGGCAGAAAGACUCGAAGGAAAUCAACAAGCUUUAAUGGAACUUCGUAGAAAUCAUCAAGCACUCCAGGAUCAAAUGCAAAGACUCCAAACGGAUUUAGCAAACAGCGAAGUUCAAAAAUCCGGUUUGGAAGCACAAUUACGUCACGCAACAUCAUCUUGGGAAAAUAAAUUCCCGUUGGAAAAUGAAGAAAAUGAAUUAUUAAGACAGCUGGAAUUAUCACAAAAAGAAAAAAUUGAAUUAAGAGGAAAAAUCGAAACGCUCAACGAUAAAGUUCGACAAUUGGAACAGGAAAAAAGAAGUUUAGAAAGGCAAAUUUCUUCUAAAUCUGGAUUUUAUAGAAAUAAAAGUACCGAAAGACAAGAAAAACAAAGAGAUUUUCCAUCUGAUUCUGGAAUUAUUUAUCAACUGGAACAAGAAAAUCGAGAAUUGCGUUUGAAAGUUCGUCAAUUGGAAACCGAGCUGGCAGAAAAACAAGCGGAAUUAAAUAAAUUGAAAAUGAAUGUUGGAAAUAAUGAUAACGUUAUCGAUAGAAGUGGAACCAUUGAAAGAAUCAGGGCGGCUCAAUUACAAGCAGAACGUCUUCUAGAAGCUAAAGAACUUUCACAUCGUCAACAGGUUUCACGUUUGGAAAAUCAGAUUCAAUCCCUUCGUGAACAAUUAAAUCAAGAAGUUAAAAGAAGACAAAUGUACGUGUUGAGAAGUUCGAGGGCAGGUCGGGAAAUGCAACAAUUAAGAGAAGCUUUGGGAGAUUCAUUGAGGACCGUUUCGCAGGAUCCCACAUUAGAUCCUGAUUUACUCGAACAGGAAACUCGAAAAUUAGACACGACAAUGACGUCAUCAACAUCUCCAGCGAUGGCAUUACCACCUCAGACUUAUGAUUAUCUAUCAUCGCAAGGAAAUAAAUAA